GUGUCUAGGGUUUUGCCGAAAGUCGAAACCUUCCUCACUCUCUCUCUCUCUCUUUCUAAUCCUUCACCAUGAGCAGGUCAGGUCAGCCCCCGGAUCUCAAGAAGUACAUGGACAAGAAGCUUCAAAUCAAGCUAAAUGCAAACCGAAUGAUUGUUGGAACCUUGCGUGGAUUUGACCAGUUCAUGAAUCUGGUGGUUGAUAACACUUUAGAAGUGAAUGGUGAUGAAAAGACCGACAUAGGCAUGGUGGUGAUCAGAGGAAACAGUGUGGUUACUGUUGAAGCACUUGAACCUGUGGCCAAAAUGCAGUAGUUUUUGUUUUAAAAAAAUUUAUCUGGAUGUAGGAUGCAAAGGGAAACUCUGUAACUUUGUUAUGAUGGUAUCACCCUUGCCACCAAGCAGAUUGUUAUGAAUGUAAUUCUGUCGUUCUGUGGAAUAGCAGUUAAUUGAGUGUAAGAUACAAAAUGUGGUAAUGCUACUGCUUUGACUUUGAAAGCAUCUUAGCUUUUGUGCAA